ACCUGGGAAACAGCUGAUUGUGUUGUCAAAUAACUGUCAAAACUGUAGGUCUUUUAUUUUCGAACCAAAAUCCGUGCGAUUUUCGGGCCCAAAUCGCAUAAUUGAGUAAAAUGGGGCUUCACGAUUUUGUAAAUUACGUUGUAUACGACAAUCCUGUUUCAAAAAGUGUCAAAGCUUACGUUCUACCCGAUAAAAUCCCAAUUUCUCCACAAACCGUCACUGUAAUCCACGAGACGAAACCUUUAUGGAAAUUGGCGAGUGAGAAUGGCCCUUUCGUACGUUUGGCGGGAUUGAUGGGAGCCUCGGCUGUGGCUUUGGGAGCUUAUGGGGCCCACAGAUCGUACCCCAAGGACAAGGCCGAUGAGCUUAAACCGAUUUUUGAAACGGGAAAUAGAUACCAUUUUUUGCACACUUUGGCACUGAUGGGAGUACCGCUGUGUAAAAAUCCAAAAUUGAGUGGAUCGUUGAUAAUAUUAGGCACAACGCUAUUUUCAGGAGCUUGCUAUUACCACGCUUUCACUGGAGAUAACAAAUUUGGGAGACUUGCACCUGUGGGGGGAACUAUCCUAAUUGUAGGGUGGCUAACAAUGAUUCUGUAAUUUUGUAUUAAAUGUACAUCCUAGUCAUAAUUAAAAUUUAGGUAAUUAUUUUGUUUGUGUGAUGAAGUAUUAAAUUUAAGUUUGAAUUUAGGGAUGGGCUUGAAAUUUUAAUAAGAUCAAAAAUCAUUUGGAAAUAUCCCAAUUGAAGUAGUGUUUUAGCUAGUUGUAAUAAAUGUCACAAAAUCAGAAAAACCCAAAAAACGUCAGCACAUUCGACAUUUUUCAAUGCCAUUAGUGAAUUAGACAUUCAUGAUUUCCUCUUAAACCUGUGAUUUAUUUUAAUUGUAUCAAUUGAGUGUAAUACAUUUUGGGAUGUU